UUAAAAGUCCUUUUGUUUACGAAGUACAAACGCAGUAGCAAGAAAGCAAAAGUUUCUCCUUUCUUCCUCUUUUGGAGGGAGAGCAAUGGGGUCUUCUACCUCGGUGCUCCUGUUCGCUCUCUCGCUAUUGUUAUUUUUCUACCAUUCUUCAUCUGAACCUACGAAUUUCAAAGAGAUUCACCUUGGGGAUCCAGUGCUGGACCUGGCACCCUCUCUUCUUGAUGGAUAUUCAUCUACUCGUGGUGCUAAAGAUAUGGUCUCAUGCGGCCGUGUUCGAGUUGCUGGUCUUCCAAGGUGGAAAAUCAAGAGUUAUGCGAAUUCAGUUCGUGUCUCUGUGAUUCCUUCAGUGGUGAUACCUGAAAGCCUGUAUAGCAAAAUUGAGGUUUGUUCCCACUGGAAUUCUUCUCUUGGAUUAUGCCAAUGUGCUAAGGAUGAAUGGAAAUCCAUCCAGAAAGAGUUAUGGAGUGCUUCCAUGUCACCAUAUGAUGACAGAUAUGUUGAUGUAAAGUUCAAUGGUGGAGUUACAGGUUCUGUUACAGUUACUAUUGAAGAAGAGUUCCAUCAAUGGCGUCUCUUUUUUCUUGCUUUCGGAUUUAUUUUACUGCUACUAGCACCGGUGGUCAGUAAUUGGGUGCCAUUCUACUAUAGCAGCUCAAUGGCAAUUGGAGUCUUCCUUAUUAUUUUGAUCCUUCUGUUUCAGGGCAUGAAGUUACUACCAACCAGCAGGAAAAAUGUUUUCUACCUUGCUGUGUAUGGAUCAGUGCUCAGUUUUGGAUCUUUCCUAGUGCAUUACUUCUCAGUGCUGGUCAGUUCCAUUCUUGUGAGUUUUGGGCUUAGCCAAGAUAUGCAAAACCCUGUUUCUGUAUUCGUAUUAGUAGGAAUUGUCCUUGCAGGAGCAGCACUAGGGUACUGGAUUGUGCGGAAAUUUGUAAUUUCGGAAGAUGGAACCGUUGAUGUUGGUAUAGCUGAGUUUGUGAAGUGGGCAAUGCGCAUUAUGGCGAUGACAUCUGUUUUACUGAGCACACUUGAUACUCCUCUGGCACUGGUGGCAAUGGCUUCUUCUUGGGCUAUAUGUUUUAUUAUAUCUUCUUUCAAGUGGCGAGGUUCAACAUUGACGAAGCAGUCGCAUACUGGGAGUAGAGGCUUGUGGUCAGUAAGGGCUAAACACACACCUCCGAGUCACAAUCGUGCUGAAUUCCUUAGUAGGUCUGCUAAGAUGGACUCUCAAAGAGCAUUGUGGAAUAGCCCGAAGAGAGCAUUUGCUUGGUCUGAUUCUCCCACUAAAGGUUUGGUUUUAUCAAACACUGUUAAGGGAGCAUCAAGCCAGCAGGACCGGGACUACUAUUCAACCUUCCACAGUGUGCCAACCCGUAAGAGGUUUUCAAAGAAGGAAUAUGAAGAUUUUACGAGUGAAUCUACUAAGCAUGCCAUUAACGAGUUGGCAUCCUCACCCGACUUCACUAAUUGGAUUGUUGAAAAUGCUAGCCGAAUACAACUCCUUCCAGAUGACAGCUCAGAUGACAGCAUGGAGAGUGGAUCAGGUUCUUCAGAAGAGACUGUUGUAGAGGGUGGCAAUGGGCUUAACCUCUUCAAGUGGUACUAACCUGAGGAUUAACUAUGUUGUUAGCAUUGAUUGGUUGGUUCCCUUGGAGGAAAAUGAGAUUAUUAUCAUUGGGAGCUCUCUUGUUGGACAUAAAGUAAUUAUUCCUUGGUUACUCACUGGAAUAGGCUAAAAUCACUGGUGGCUUCCUCUGAGAUGAUCUUAUCUUUGUGUAGCAGUUGUUGCAGUUUAGAAUACUGACCCCUUCUCAAUUUCUUAGCUGAUGGAUAUAAUUUGUCAUAUCAUGUUACUAACAGCCGGCGUCAUCUGGCAAUUUUGUAAA